AGUUUUAUAUAGCAUAGCAGUCGAUGAUGACCAUAAGCUCAUAAAUAAUUUAAUCGGUGGAAGCAGGCAUCUGGCGGUGUGUUUUUCAGGAAAAAGAAAAAAUAGUUUGCAGUAGUUCCUCGAGGCAACGCCAAUGGCCACGAGUGGAUUCGUACUCUAUCUCCUAUCUGGUUUCUCUGUGGCGAUUCUCUCUGUUCUUUUUGUCAGCGACUUUUAUGGUGAUAACCCAGAAGACCAAAACCGUUCGUCUUCUCCGAACUCCACUCUGCUCCACUCCUCCUCGUAUGGAUCCAGUACGGACACUGUUUGGCCGGAAUUAGAGUUUAAUUGGAGACUUGUUUUGGUGACGCUGAUAGGAUUUCUGGGAUCCGCUUGUGGAACUGUGGGCGGCGUGGGAGGGGGAGGCAUUUUUGUUCCCAUGCUUACCUUGAUUGUUGGGUUUGAUACCAAGUCUGCUGCCGCGCUUUCUAAAUGUAUGAUAAUGGGGGCAUCGGUAUCAUCAGUUUGGUACAAUUUAAGAGUUCCGCAUCCAACAAAAGAAGUGCCAAUCCUAGAUUACGAUCUCGCCCUUCUCUUCCAGCCUAUGCUUAUGCUUGGCAUCACCAUCGGCGUGGCGCUCAGUGUGGUCUUCCCGUACUGGCUUAUCACUGUUCUCAUCAUCAUCCUCUUCAUGGGGACCUCGUCAAGGUCCUUUUUCAAGGCACUCGAGAUGUGGAAGGAAGAGAGUAUUUUCAAGAAAGAAAUGGUCAAUCAACAAGGAACAGUGGUUAACUCUCGUGGUGAACUUCUGAUUGAUGCCGAGUAUGAGCCAUUAAUACCCAGAGAAGAGAAAUCUCAAAUGCAAUUAUUGUGUUUCAACCUUAGGUGGAAAAGGAUUUCGGUUCUACUAAUUGUAUGGGUUUGUUUCCUAGUCUUGCAGAUCAUCAAGAAUGAUGUAGCGGUUUGCAGUGCAUGGUACUGGGUGCUCUUCUGCUUGCAGUUUCCCACAGCACUUGGAGUGUUUGGAUAUGAAUCAGUCAGGCUGUACAGAGAACAGAAGAAGAGGAUGAGCACCGGCAACAGAGAAUCAAUUUGCGAGGCUUCCAUCGAAUGGACUGCAAUCCACAUAGCCUUCUGUUCACUCUGUGGUAUCCUAGGAGGCACUGUUGGGGGCCUUCUUGGUUCCGGCGGUGGAUUCAUUCUAGGCCCCCUGCUCCUUGAGAUUGGUGUCAUCCCCCAGGUUGCAAGUGCGACGGCAACAUUUGUGAUGAUGUUCUCGUCGUCGUUAUCUGUUGUGGAAUUCUACCUGCUCAAGAGGUUCCCUAUUCCCUACGCUGUAUACCUCACAUCGGUGUCUCUUUGUGCUGGCUUCUGGGGGCAGUUCCUUAUAAGAAAAAUGAUCACAAUUCUUAAGAGGGCAUCUCUUAUUGUAUUCAUUCUCUCUGGUGUCAUCUUUGCUAGCGCUAUAACAAUGGGGGUCGUUGGUAUUGAGACUAGCAUGGAAAUGAUACGCAAUCAUGAGUUCAUGGGAUUUUUAAAUUUCUGUAGCAGUCAGUGAUCUGUAGCAACCAUUGGAGAAGGUGAAAAUAAAAAGAAAAAAGAAGAUGGAAGUUCUAAGGGGAAGUGGCAUCAAACCAGUGGGAGGUCAUGGCCAAUACCUAGUUGCCCAAAAUUGCCUCCAAAAAAGAAAAGAAAAUCUUAAAAUUUGUUAUGAAAACAAUAAAAAAGCUCUGCUUUGUGUCAUGUGUGGAUUAGGCAGGUUGGGUUGUCGUGAGUGUUAGCUGCUGGCUAACACCACUAGCAACCAUCAUGCUUAUAAUUUUUAAAUAAAAAAUAAUGCAUUUGAUUCUUUAA